AUGAAUAGAAACUUGAAAUUAGGUAACAAUAUUAAAUAAAAAGUAGGGGAAAUAGAGAAUCAGUAAAAAAUAAAAUUGGGUCGUUUUUCAGAGACAGGAACAAGAUUCUUUACAUAUGUAGAUGACAUGAAUUAGAUUUACAUAAAUAAGAUAGAGAAUUCAAAAAAUUGGUUAGAUGUUAAAUUAUUGAAUCCAUUUUAACAUUAUUUUGUUUAGAGUCAGAAUGAAAUAUCUAGUAUAAUGUUUAGUAGUUCUGAGAAUGAGAUAAUAAAUGGUUCAAGCAAAGGGAUAAUAACAUUUGUUGAUAUUUCAACUUAAAAGAGUAAUGGUUGAUACUUAAAUACUUAGUUUAAUAAAAUAUAAAGGGUCAUUUAUCAUCGAUAACAUCUUUGGCUAUAUUUCCAAACAAAGAUAACAUAGUAUUAAGUGGUGCAAUGGAUAGCUAAGUAAAGUUGUGGGAUUCAAGGUCUAAAACAGUAGGAUUUACAUUAAGAGCACAUACAUUAUCUAUAAGUGCUUUAGUAGUAUCUCCAGAUGGUAAAUUAUUAGCAUCAGGUUCAAAUGAUGGAAGUGUUAAGAUAUGGGAUAUUAAUCAAUAGAGAUUAAUGGCUACAUUUAGUGAAUCAGAUUCUUCAAUUACAUGUUUAUAAUUCAAUCCACUUGAUAAAGCAAUAGCUACAGCAUCUGAUGAUGGAUGUAUUAGAUAUUGGGAUUUAGAUAAAUUUAAUUAAGUAAUUAUAUCAUUUAUAAACCAAAUAAGAUAUCAUAAACUAAACCUGAUAAAUAACCAAUAUAUUCAAUUAGAUUUUGUAAUGAAGGUAAAUCAUUAGUAUCAACUUAAAAUUUUUCAUUAAAAUGUUGGGAUUUAGAAAGAGAUGCUUUAUUUUUAGAUAAUGUUGAAACCUAAUGUAAAAGCAUUUUAGAUACUUAUAUAUUUGAGGAUAGAGAAUUAUUUAUAUUGUCUACUCAAAAUUAAACUGGUUUAAGUGUGUUUGGAUCCAAAUUAUAAAAUAUGAAUUUUGAUAGUAGGUAUAGUUUAGAUAGACAUAAACAAAGAAUCAAUAGUGAAAGAAUAUAAAGUUGUGAAAUGAAUGAUCAAUUUCUAUAGAGAAAUAGUGUAAACAUUUUAAAACCUAAAAAUUCUUAAAAGAUAUUUUAAACUAAUUAAGUUAAUGGAAAUUAUAAACCUACUAAUUAUAAUUUAAUAGAAGAAAAAGGAUUUCAAUAAUAUAGUAAUAAUGGUAUUAGUAAUGGUAAUGGUGGUAAUUGGAAUAAUGUUGUUAAUGGAAAUAAUUUGAAUAAUUAGAACAAUAUGAAUAAUAAUGUGAAUAUGAAUAAAUUUGUACCAACAACACAAAUUCCUUAAAUGAUUGCAUAUGAAAGUGUUAUGUAAGAGGAAGAGAUUAAAGAUAAUUAAUUUAUUAAUUAAGAGAAUUAAAGUAGUUUAGAUUUGGUUACAAGUUAAGAUGAAGUUAAUUUAUCAAGUUUUGUUAUUGAUGAUGAGAAUAAAAUUAAAUUUAUUUAGAUCGAUUUGAUUAAUGAGAUAGAGAAAGAUCAUAAUCGAGUGAUGUAAAUAUUAAAAUAAAGAAUAAAUUAUAUGAAACCAAUAAUUUAUUGGUGGAGUAAUAAUAAUAUAAAAUCUGCAAUAAAUGCUAUUAAUCAAUUAAUGGAACCAUCAAUAUUAUUUGAUGCAUUGAGUAUGUGUUCUUAAAGUUGUAAAUUCAAAUCAAUACCAAUUGAAUAAAUGCCACAAAUGCUUGAAAAAUGUAAAAUUCUAAUAGAAUCAAAAUAUUUAUCUCAUAUAAAAGGAGGAAUUCUAUUUUCAUACAAAGCUUUUACAAUUUAUAGAGAUGUAUUAAAUUAAUAUUAUGAAUAAAUUAGGAUAUUAUUAAUAUAAAAGGUUUUAAUUAGAUGUCUAAAGUAGAUUUAAUUAGGGAGGAAAGAGUUUCUAAAUAUGAUAAAAUAGUAGAUCAAUUAAAGUAAAUAAUUUAAAUGUCCAAAUUAACUAAAUUAAUAGAAAGAAAUAAAGAGGAAAUCAGUGAUCUAGCUAAGAAAUUUUAGAUAGAAAUGUUAGGAUUAUUAAAAAGAAUUAAUUAAUAAUAAUGA